CGCGUUGAUUUGACAUUGACAGACACAGAUUGACACAGCCAGCCUGUGGAGUGCAGAAUGGGAUAUAUAUGCAGGUCUAUUCAUUAGAAUAUUUAUGUCUGCUCCGAAUUGACGCGAAUUAAAAUAUUAUUCGAUCGCAGGGAUUAUGUUUUAAAUUUAAAAUGUUGUUAUAUCAUAGUAGGUUAAUAGUUCUUUCAAUAAUAUGUCAAGUUAUCACAGUGUAUUCUGCGGACCAUUUGCUUGAAGGUAUUUAUUGCGGAAAAAACAAUUGUUAUGAAGUUCUAGGAGUCAGCAGGGAAGCAACAAAAAAUGAAAUCGGCAGGAGUUACAGACAGUUGGCCAAGAAAUUCCACCCGGACAUGCAUCGCUUGCCCGAGGCAAAGAAGGAAGCGGAAGAAAAAUUCAAAGAAAUAGCUACGGCGUACGAAAUUUUACGAGAUGACGAGGAAAGGUCCGACUACGACUACAUGUUGGACAACCCGCAGGAGUAUUACGCCCACUACUACCGGUACUACCGGCGUCGCAUGGCCCCCAAAGUCGACGUAAGGAUCGUCAUCGCCGUCACCAUCUCCGUCAUCUCGGUGAUCCAGUACUACAGCGCCUGGUCCAAGUACGACACCGCCAUUAAAUACUUCAUGACCGUGCCCAAGUACAGGAACAGAGCUCUUGAAAUAGCAAAGGCAGAAUCGAAGGAAGCGCAACUCAAAGGCAAAGCUAACAGGAAGAGCAAAGCAGAACAGAAGAUGGAGCAGGACAGGGUUAUAAGAAGAGUUAUAGAGGAAAACCUGGACAUCAGAGGUGCUUACGCCAAACCUCAAGUUGUAGAUAUUUUAUGGAUUCAACUCAUACUCCUGCCUUACACCAUUACAUACUAUGCAUAUUGGUAUCUGAGAUGGUUCUGGAAGUUCACAAUAAUGAAGCAGCCUUAUGGAGAGGAAGAGAAACUGUACUUAAUACGUAAGUACAUGAAGCUGGGUCAGCACCAGUUCAAUGCCCUCGAGGAUGAAGAGCGGCAGCAGUUCUUGGACGAGGAGCUCUGGAUCAAAGAUAACUUUUUGGUUUGGAAAGAGCUUAAAGAUGAGGAAGCGAAAAAAGCUCUUGCUGAAAAUAAUAAAUACAAACAAUACAGGCGGUACAUAAAGCAGCAUGGAGUCGGCCGGAUGACUUUUGAUGACUCCUGAACUGAGUCCUCAUACACCAUAUGGGAUAAACUAAAGUUGAUGAGGGAUUUUAUAUAUUGCAUUUACUUAUUUAUGCACCAAAUAAAACCAGGAGAGUCCACAAAUUGUUACUUUUAUUUCAUUUAUAAUUUGUAUUCACCUCAUCAUCAGCGGCAGCGAGGUGCAGCGAGCUGUGCCCCUCCUCUGCAUCAACAGUUAAAUUUGUGUCAUUCUCUCUGUAGGAUGUUUGGUGGGACAUGGUAACCAUAGUUGAACUUUAUUAAUUUAAAAAGUAGCACCUUUGUUUAUAGCUUUAUUAUAAUUAUUAUAUU